AUGACACGUCUCCUCUUCUUGACCCAAUCACUCUCUUCCAAUCCCAAACCCAUUUCUCAUUCUCACACUUACUACAAUUACAGUGUCUCUCGCUCUUUCCACAACUCUAUCUCCCAUCUCUCCUUGGCUUUUCUUUAUCCAAUUCGAAGCCCUGCAAUUCGUGCUUUUUGUUCAAAACCCAGUAGCGCGGUGGGAGUUGGGUCCUUACCCAGCAUGACUGAGGAUAUAUCGUACCUGACGCAGCGUGAAGCUGCUGAGAUUGAUGAGAUUCUCAUGGGUCCUCUCGGCUUCAGUGUCGACCAGUUAAUGGAAUUGGCUGGUUUGAGCGUGGCCACUUCCAUAGCAGAGGUCUAUAAACCGAGCGAGCAUAAUCGUGUCCUUGCGAUUUGUGGCCCUGGAAACAAUGGUGGUGAUGGUCUCGUGGCUGCUCGACACCUGAAUCACUUUGGAUAUAAACCAUCUGUUUGUUAUCCAAAGCGUACUGCUAAGCCUCUUUAUACUGGUCUGACGCAAUGUUUGGGUUUCUCAUUCCAUGGUUCCCCAAGGCCCCCUUUUGAUAAUCUGAUCCAAAAGCUUGUUUGUAUAAAUAACUAUGAUCAAACACACCAAAAGUCCUCCGCUAUUGUCUCCAUAGAUAUUCCAUCUGGGUGGCAUGUUGAAGGGGAUGGUGGUGCUGAAGGCAUCAAACCUGACAUGUUGGUUUCUCUGACUGCUCCGAAGUUGUGUGCAAAGAAAUUUUUUGGUCCACACCAUUUUCUGGGUGGUAGAUUUGUCCCACCAUCUAUUGCUGAUAAAUAUAAGCUUCGUCUUCCACCAUAUCCUGGAACUUCUAUGUGUGUCCGAAUUGGAAGGCCAGCACAAGUUGAUAUAUCGGCUCUAAGAGAGAACUAUAUUUCUCCUGAGUUUCUCGAGGAACAGGUGGAGGCUGAUCCUUUUGAUCAGUUCCGCAAAUGGUUCGAUGAUGUAGUGGCUGCUGGCUUGAGGGAACCAAAUGCUAUGGCCUUGUCAACUGCUAGCAAGAAUGGAAAACCCUCAUCUCGCAUGGUAUUGCUCAAAGGAUUUGAUAAGAAUGGUUUUGUCUGGUAUACCAACUAUGAAAGUCGAAAGGCACAUGAAUUGUCAGAAAAUCCUCAUGCAUCUCUUCUGUUCUACUGGGAUGGUCUUAAUCGACAGGUACGAGUGGAAGGAUCUGUAGAGAAAGUUUCUGAUGAGGAAUCUGAUCAGUACUUCCAUAGCCGCCCUCGAGGAAGUCAGAUUGGAGCAAUAGUUAGUAAGCAGAGCACUGUACUUCCUGGAAGGCGUGUUUUGUAUGACCAAUACAAAGAGCUAGAGGAAAAGUUCUCUGAUGGAAGUAUAAUUCCUAAACCUAAAAACUGGGGAGGGUACAGACUUAAGCCAGAGCUGUUUGAGUUUUGGCAAGGCCAAAAGUCUCGCUUGCAUGACAGGCUGCAAUAUUCUCCCAAGGAGAUCAAUGGACAACAAGUGUGGAAAAUUGAGCGGUUGGCUCCCUGA